UUAUUAUGGUCACGUCUAUCUUGAAAUAACCAGCUACAAGAUAAUUAUUGUAGUAAAGCUUUUUUAAUUAAUAUAUAAGAUAAUAUUAAUAUUUAUUUUUCAAAGUGUGGAAAUAAACAAAUUUUAUGUUAAUAAUUUAACUACUUUGUUAGAGAUUAUAUCAAAAAACAGAAUAGAACCAUCUAUUAUCCUCAAAUCUAACUAAUGAGAGUAUUAAUAGUAUAAAUUAAUAUAUAAAUUGUAAGAUGGCGCGACGUGUUAUAUUUUGUAGUGAAAUUAAGCUAAUAUAAAUGAACGUGAGCAAUUCUAGUCUGUAAAGGAAUUGAUAGGACAUUAACACUACAGUAGCGUGGAUCUUAAUCAUUAUUAGGACAUAAAUUUAUCAGAUUAUAAUUUUUUUAGUUGAGAUUUACAUUUCUGUUUGUAACUUAUAGGGUUGUUAGUUCUGUAAUAGUAAGGUAUAAAAAGCAAUAUCGAUUAAUUGAAUUAUUUAUUUAACAUUGCAUAUGAAAACUUUAGUGUUAAAUGUACAUGUAUAAUUAGUGUAAUUAGUAGACAUUAGCAGCGACGAAACGAAAGCGAAAAAUUUUACAUGAAUUAGAAUUCUUACUGAAAAAAUAGAAAAAGAAAUUAUUAGUUGGAGUAUGUGAUAUUUGAGGAAGAGUUGACAAUGCUUUACUUCUUUAUAAUCUUCAAAACUGUACUAUAGCAGAGGAUGAUCAUUAAAUAUUUGGGCUAGAUUAAUAAAUAUUUAUGUAUUCUAUCCCAACAUUCUACUUUACCGACUGUAUUCAGCGCAGUAUUGACAACUGGGUUCGCCAAAAAUUCCUAAUGUUUAUGUGGAAAAGUCCCUAGAAUUACCUAGGAAUAUACAACAUUUUUUAAUACCUAUCAUGAAACUAACAAUUAGCUUAAGCCUGCUAAAGUGACAAAAUAGACAAAAUCUCACUUAGAGCGUCGAGUACACUGUCCGGCGAUUACUCCGAAUUACGUCAGCGCAUUAGAAGGCUUUUAUCAUAUUUUUUUUUAAUAUGAAAAUUAGCUAUACUAAUUGAAGUAAACAAUUAUACCACAAAACCCUAGAACUGGCAAAAAUUCCCCAGGUUGGCAUCACUGAUUCAGCGUCGUAUUUACAUUUUUAAAUGACAAAUUAGUAUUGCCAAUGGUUUAUCAAGUUCUAUUAGGCAAUCUAAGAAAACAGCUGAUCUACGUCAAACUGCCGGCCGUAGGGUGAACAAUGGAGUUAUAUUUUCAAAUUUUUACCCACAGUAAUUUUACAGCUAAUUAUUAAAAUUUUUUGCUUCUUUAGCCUUUUUAUUUGUUUUUUUUUUGAUAAAUCGUUUUCGUCCCUGAAAAUAUAUAUUUAUAUAAAUAUACAUAUUUUUUAAAACCUAUUAGAAAGUGAAAAUGUACCGCCAAUGGUUGCGCUUUUACAGCCAAUGCACUGAGACGAGGAAAGAUAAAAAUAGAUACAAAGGACAACAGACCACAUUAUUUUAAUUUCGGUUAUUACACCUGAACUUCCACGAAAAACAAUGAAAAAAAAAAUGAAUUAAAAUUUAAAUAGAAUAUUAUUGUUUGUUUGUUGUUACGAAACACAUUAAUAAUAUAUAUUAGCGCCCCUUUAUUGAAGACUACCUCAACAGUGAGACGAAUCUGUCGGAGGAGGGGACUCGGGGCAGAGUACACUUCAGAAUAUUCUAUAAGAUUGCCGGAUGCCGCUCUUAACUGGUUGUUUAUUACAUGUUUUUGUUUGUGUUGUAUCGAAGUUUACUGUAGUAAUAUAAUAGUAGUGAUACGGACGCAGGCAAAAUGCCGAUUUUAUUGUCAGAAAGUUUAUCGAAAGUUUCGUGGCCGAGUAAUGAAAGUAUACAAGCUAGUAGUAGUACUUCAAGUGGUUCCGGAGUUCCGAGCCCUUCGACUCCAACAUCUUUUUCACCAUUAUGUACGUCUCCGGAUAAUACUCUGAGAAAAAAGAUACGCAGAACUUCUAGUUCGGGAAAUGUUAUUCAAGAGCCGUUCGUUAUUAGAUCGGACGUGAGGGAUUCAAGAAGCCAUAGCCCGGCGUUGAGUUGUCAUGAAGCAGAAGAAGACGAAUUUAUUUAUUCUUUAUUAUCGAAAGUGAUUGGUUGGUAUCCAUGUUUUUUGCUACGAAUAGUGAAAGCGUUAUUUAUGGCAGUGUUACCUCCUACUUGGAGACAACUAAUUUUUGCUCUUCCCAUGAUAUGGAUCUCUAUGUGGGUAUGGUGUUUCACUCAAUUAAUACAACUACCUUUAACCAUCAUUAAAACUCUUCUUUCUGUCAUACUUUCUCCUAAUUCUUCAAGAAAUAGUAGAAAACGUACAGUGCUUAUUAGUGGUGGUAGUACUAUCCAAGCUCUUCACUUAGCGAGAAACUUUUAUGCAGCUGGAGCUAGAGUAGUUGUAUGUGAAGUGGAAGGACGUUUUGCUCUAUCAAAAUAUUCAACUGCAGUGAGUAAAUUCUACACAGUUCCCAAACCAACUAGUGAUAAACAACAAAAUUACGUAAGAGCUCUUUGUGAAAUAGUCGAUAAUGAAAAAGCCAUUUAUUAUAUUCCUGUAGCUGCAACGACUCCCGCUUAUUACGACGCUGUAGCUAAACCACAUUUAGAACUUCUAGGAUGCACUUGCUUCUGUCCAGGUAUAAGAGAAGUAUGGGUUUUAGACGAUACCUUAGAAGUUUUAAGACGUUGUGAAAAAAAUAACAUACCGACACCUAUUUACCACGUAGUUAAAUCGAAAGAUGAAGUUUUUGAUUUGUAUGAUACCGGUGUAAUUAGGAGAGGAGUAUUUGUUAUGUCGACGGUAGGACCUAGAGGAUUACGCGAAAGAUCAAAAAUAUUACUACCAAUAUCGAGAAAUGAUUUGAAAAUACCAAACGAUAUAAGUGAACAGAAACCAUGGAUUGUAGUUCAAAAUAUUGAAGGAGAGCAUUACCUCACUUGUACUACAGUGAAAGAAUCGAGCGUUAUAGCAAACGUUACUUGCAAAAUGAACAAAAACAACAACGAAUUAAUUCCAGAAGAAAACAAAGAAAUCAACCAGUGGCUAACGAAUUUCUUCAAUAAAAUCAAUUUAUUGAGACCAAUAUCCGGACAUAUAUGCUUCAGAUUAGUAAUUUGUAAAGAAACUGGCGUAGUAAUUCCGUUAAAUAGCAGAGUAGGAGUAUCUCUGCCUUACAUUUGCUACACUAGCGUUCAUCCAAGGUUAGUAUGGAAGCCUUGCAGACAUUUUAGCAGACAAAAUUCCGGUCCUCUCGUAAACGGCAACGGAGUUUACAAAAUGCCGCUUACCGUAUUGCAAACAGUCAGUAAUCCUUCUAUAGAAUCAGUUACAAGGCUAAUAGGUACGGUUCUGGAUAAAAGGGAGGCUCUUUUUGCAAUGUGGGAUCCUCUACCUUAUUGUGCUUAUUACCACAUGCAAUUACCUUUUAAAAAUGUAUUGGGAUUCCUGAGGAGAAGGCAGGAUAAUUUUCCUAGGCCCAUGACGACAGCUGUACGAUAAUAAAUUCUUCUUCUUCUUACCGGGAGAAUAAUGAAAAAGCCUUAUUGUGAUAAGAAUGAUGAGAUUGAGUUUAACAAACAAGUCGUAUAAAUGUGAAUAAAUAUUUUUUCAUAAUUGGAUGUAAUCUCAUGAAAAUGUGUGUCUGCUCUUAUCUCUUUGUACAAAUUUGUUAUGUUAUUAUAUUUAAUUUUUUAUGUUGAUAAUGCAUAAAAUUCAAUGUAAGUUAUAUUAACUAUCAUAUGUUUAAAUUGCAAAUGGAAUGGAUUUCAUAUUGUGAUAAAAAUUUUAAUUAAGAUAUUUGUUACAAAAAUAUUUUGGUAUAUUUAUAAAAACAUUUAUUUGUACGAUAAAUUACAAUGAAACUUCUGUCCAGAUAUUUUUAAUGAUGUAGAUUUAAAAAAAUUAUAAAUAAAUUGUGAAUAGAAUUUUUUUAUAUC